GACACCGACCGUCUGAGUCCAGCCUUUACUGAGGUGCUCACCAGAGGAGACGGGUGCACACCGGGAGGAGAGACGCAUGAGGGUUUCUUCUCAGGGGCUUGGACUGGCAUCUCCGGAUUUGUCCUCCUGUAGGUGUCGGUGAGGAGAGGAGAGGAGAGGGAAGGAGAGGAGAGAGGGGGGGAUCUUCAGUGCUGGAACGACCAGCCGCCUUUCGUUUGUCAGGGCUGCGGUAAAAGUCGUUCACGAUGCCGGUGUUUCACACCAAGACCAUCGAGAGUAUCCUGGAGCCGGUGGCCCAGCAGAUCUCCCACCUGGUCAUCAUGCACGAGGAGGGGGAGGUGGACGGUAAAGCCAUCCCGGAUUUGACGGUGCCGGUGGCCGCGGUGCAGGCGGCAGUCAGCAACCUUGUACGGGUGGGGAAGGAAACAGUCCAAACAACCGAAGACCAGGUGAUGAAGAGGGACAUGCCUCCAGCGUUCAUCAAGGUGGAGAACUCCAGCUCUAAGCUCGUCCAGGCUGCUCAGAUGCUAAAGGCCGAUCCAUACUCUGUUCCCGCACGAGAUUACCUGAUCGAUGGAUCCAGAGGGAUACUGUCUGGAACGUCCGACCUGCUCCUCACCUUUGAUGAGGCAGAGGUGCGUAAGAUAAUCAGGGUGUGUAAAGGUAUCCUAGAGUAUCUGACUGUAGCUGAGGUGGUGGAGACCAUGGAGGACCUCAUCACUUACACCAAGAACCUGGGACCAGGGAUGACCAAAAUGUCGAAGAUGAUUGAGGAGAGGCAGCAGGAGCUGACGCACCAAGAGCACAGACAGAUGCUAGUCAGCUCCAUGAACACUGUCAAAGAGCUGCUGCCUGUUCUUAUAUCAGCCAUAAAGAUUUUUGUCGCAACCAAGAGCAGUCGAGGUGCCGGUGUUGAGGAGGCGGAGAGGAACAGAAGGUUUACCUUUGAAAAGAUGAGUGCUGAAAUCAACGAGAUUAUAAGAGUCUUACAGCUCACCACGUGGGAUGAAGAUGCAUGGGCCAAUAAGAAGGAUAUGGAGGCUUUGAAGAGGUCUCUGGCUUUGAUUGAGACAAAGAUGGCACAAGCUAAAAGCUGGCUCAAAGACCCUCAUGGACAGCCAGGAGACCCCGGUGAGGUUGCCCUGCGUGUGAUACUGGAUGAAGCUGGUAAGGUGGGAGAGCUGUGUGCUGGGAAGGAGAGGAAAGAUAUACUGGCAACCACUAAGGCUCUGGGACAAAUGACUGACCAAAUCGCAGACCUACGCGCCAGAGGCCAGGGCCCGACCCCGGGGUGUGUGCAGCGCGCAGGCCAGUGCUCACAGGGCUUAGACUUGUUAUUUGGCAAAGUGGACGGUGCUGCCCGCAGACUGGAGGCUUUAAUCAGUGCCAAGCAGGCCAUUUCCAGGAGGCUGGACGCUGCACAGGCCUGGCUGGCUGAUCCUAAUGGUGGCCCUGAGGGGGAGGAGAAUAUCAGAGCACUGCUAGCAGAGGCCAAACGCAUCGCUGAUCUGUGCGAAGACCCCAAAGAGAGGGAUGACAUCCUGCGCUCCAUCAGUGAGAUUGCAGGACUCACCGCCAGACUUGUGGAGCUACGCAAACAGGGUAAAGGUGACAGCCCAGAGGCCCGUGCACUGGCAAAGCAGAUCGGGGCGGCUCUCCUGACCCUGCAGUCCAAAACCAACCGGGCAGUUGCAAACAUGAGACCAGCCAAGCCUGCCGUCACCUUGGAGGGCAAGAUGGAGCAGGCCCUCCGCUGGGUGAACAACCCUGGCGUGGAUGACAGAGGAGUAGGUCAGGCAGCAAUCAGAGGAAUGGUUGGAGAAGGGAGGAGGUUGGCAGGAGGCUUGUUAGGCCCAUAUCGCCAGGAUAUGAUUGGACGCUGCGACCGAACAGAGGCUCUAAUGGCAUCUUUGGCAGACAUGGCUGGCAGGGGAGAGGCUGAGGCCCCUCAUGCACGAGCUACAGCCGCACAGCUGCAGGACAGCCUCAAGGACCUGAGGCAGCACAUGCAGGAGGUGAUGACCCAGGAAGUAUCUGAUGUUUUCAGUGACACCACCACCCCUAUCAAACUGCUGGCUGUGGCUGCAACCGCUCCUCCUGAUGCCCCUAACAGGGAUGAGGUUUUUGAAGAGCGUGCAGGGAACUUUGAGACCCACGCAGGUAGACUGGGGGCGACUGCAGAGAAAGCUGCUGCCGUGGGUACAGCCAAUAAGAACACAGUAGAGGGGAUACAUGCUGCUGUGAAACAUGCCAGGGAGCUAACACCACAGGUGACCUCUGCUGCUCGGAUCUUGUUGAAGAAUCCUGGAAACAAAGCAGCAUAUGAGCACUUCGAUACCAUGAAGAACCAGUGGAUUGACAAUGUGGAGAGACUCACUGGUCUGGUGGACGAGGCCAUCGACACCAAAUCUCUGUUAGAUGCUUCUGAGGAGGCCAUAAAGAAAGACAUCGACAAGUGCCGAGUUGCCAUGGCAAAUGUUCAGCCCCAAAUGCUUGUUGCCGGGGCAACAAGCAUAGCGAGACGAGCCAAUCGGGUCCUGCUGGUGGCUAAGAGGGAAGUGGAGAACUCUGAAGAUCCGCGGUUCAGAGACACAGUGAAACAUGCGUCAGACAUCCUCUCACACACUAUCUCACCCAUGGUGAUGGAUGCUAAGGCAGUAGCCGGGAACAUACAGGAUAAAGCUCUGCAAAAGGCCUACUUGGACUCGUGUCUGAGAAUCCUGGCUGCCGUUGGAAAAGUUAGAGAAGCUUUCCAACCUCAGGAGCCCGACUUUCCUCCUCCACCUCCAGACCUUGACCAGCUUCAUGUCAGUGAUGAGCAGGCGCCACCCAAGCCCCCCUUGCCAGAGGGCGAGGUGCCCCCGCCUCGGCCGCCUCCUCCCGAGGAGAAGGAUGAGGAGUUCCCGGAGCAGAAGGCCGGAGAGGUGCUCAGCGAGCCCAUGAUGGUGGCAGCCAGGCAACUGCAUGAUGAAGCACGCAAGUGGUCCAGCAAGCCUGACGAUGAGGAGGCAGUAGAGGAGAGGGAGGUAGAUGAUGAAGAUGAGUUUACUGAUGGUGAGGAUGACUAUGAGCCAGAACUGCUGAUGAUGCCCUCCAACCAGCCUGUCAAUCAACCCAUUCUGGCAGCUGCCCAGUCUCUCCACCAGGAGGCGCGCAAGUGGUCCAGCAAGGGUAACGACAUCAUUGCAGCAGCCAAGCGAAUGGCUCUGCUAAUGGCAGAAAUGUCUCGGCUGGUGCGAGGUGGAAGCGGGAACAAACGAGCCCUGAUUCAGUGCGCUAAGGACAUCGCCAAGGCCUCAGAUGAGGUGACAAGACUGGCUAAGGAAGUGGCUAAGCAGUGCACUGACAGACGCAUCAGAACUAAUCUGCUACAGGUGUGUGAGCGAAUCCCUACCAUCAGUACUCAGCUGAAGAUCCUCUCUACUGUCAAAGCCACCAUGCUGGGACGAACAAACAUCAGUGAAGAAGAGUCAGAGCAGGCCACGGAGAUGUUGGUCCAUAACGCCCAGAAUCUGAUGCAGUCAGUGAAGGAGACUGUCAGAGAAGCAGAAGCAGCCUCCAUCAAGAUCCGCACAGAUGCAGGAUUCACCCUUCGCUGGGUGCGCAAGACCCCCUGGUACCAAUAAACAAACCUGGUCACUGAAACUAGUAACACUCUAAACUUGGCACCGACAGCACACACCUCAUGUAAAGGUAGCAACGUGCGUACUCGUCACAGGUAAACGUGCACUUCUGCAAAGAGGAAACUGCAGGUGGUUUGGUGAUUCAUUCUCCAUUGUAGUCUGUACCAGGACCAUUAGAUUUUGGUACCAAGCAGGUUUCAUUUAUUGGGGUGAAUUCAGCUUUGCUCUCCAGUUCCCUUUAUCUGUAACUUUUUAAUAUAUAUUUUUGGUAUGUUGUGUUACAAGAGUUUAUCCAAAUCCCAGGUAUAUAUUUUUUGCAUGAAAAUUUUUUCUAUUUUCUAAAGGCAAAUUAUGACACUAAGAUAUUAUCUCCUAGAGGAAUUUUACUUUUCAUUCAGUUUUUUUUUCUCAGUGAGAUUUUCUUAUUGUCUGUUGUAUAUACAGUAAUUAUUUGUUUUAUGGACAACACUCAGCUAUGAGCUUUAUUCACUGAGUCUGACACUAAAGUGUGGAGUCUUGUGUGAGCUGAUGAUGGGCUCUCCUCUCUUCAUGUUUACUUUUAGUAAAAAUACUGUUCUUAACUGUGGAUCCACAAAUUCAAAGGUGAUACAUCCUCACUGCUGUCCGGUGAUGUUUAUACUUGAAGAACUAAAAGGUCUUCUGGAUUAAAAGUGUUGUGACUCUUAGGCAAAUGAAACUGUUUCAGAAGCAGUUGUAUAAUCUAAAAAAAAAUGGUGUUAAUAAUAAAGAGAUUUUUUUUGUUGUCCACAGGAAGGGUGAUACAUAAUAAGUCAUGAGGUUUGGCAGUGUGAGUGACAGUAAAGUGAAAGUCAAGGUUAGUUCAGAUGUUUUUAUGCCUGUUUUCUUUGUUUUAAUUUUGUUUAACUUUCACAGUGAACAAUGCCAAAGGAUUUGUUUUAUUACUAUAAGCAUCAUAAAGUUCUAUUAACACUUAAAAUCCAGGUUAUUAAAAACAACGAGGCAGACCCUCCUCUUAAGAGACCCUGUUGUAAUUUUUGUGGUCUGUUAUUUUUUAGCAAAAAAAAAAGAAAAAGAGAGAGAAUGUUUUGUCCUGCUUUGCAUUUUUUUUAACUAAUUGUUUGGGGUUGUUUUUUUUCUGUGCUAUCUCUGUAACAGUUGAACUGUUUAGACUUUUUCCAAAAAAAAAAAAAAAAAAAAUCAAAACCAAUGAUUUUAGACAGCCGUCCCCCGUCCUGUUUUUAGACUUGUCUCCAUAUGUGAGCUCGGUAGUCCCUCUCUGAAUGCUCUGAAACCUCAUUGUAAUACAGAUUUUCUAGACGACCCCGGUGGUUUGAGAACAAAAACAACCUUUUAAUGUGAAAUCAGGCAUUGAUGCCAGUCCAGCCAUCUAGUUAUUUUUUAGGUUUGUAUCAAAAAAAAACAAACAAAAAAAACAAACAAAAAACAAACAGGAAAUAGUGUUUUUGUCUGGAAUAAUAACACAGCAGUUUCAGGUUUCAUAAGAGGCCACUCAACAUUACAUGCAACCAGAUCAUUAAAUGCAUAUUUUCAUUCCCUAAACAGUAUUUCAUCGAGUUUUAUUACUUUUUUUUUCUACAAUGGCAGGGCAAAUUUAGCUGUUAAAUGAAAAAUUGUGUGCCUGUGUGUAUGUGUGAAGCCUCUUCACUUAGACAGUACAAGUGAGCCGUCCCAACGAUGGCAGAGGGACAGAGCUCAGAAUAGCAGCACAGAAUGUAAACCGCAUAUUUUCAUUUUUAUUUGGGCCUACUGAGCAUGUAGCAGUCACUGACCCCUCACUGAGAGCGACAGGGUGUAAUUCUGUGUGUACUUGAUGUGUUCAUUCACACCCUGAAUGUAUUCUGAUAGCUUCUAGCGCUGCCAACACAUCUGCUGUGCCUUGGAAGAAUUAAAGACUAUAAUUAU